CUGGACAGCUAGCCGGCAACUCUUCUGUAGAGAUGUAUCGUCAAGUGCUGUUGUCUGGCUGCCGCUGUGUUGAGCUGGACUGCUGGAAAGGCCGAACUGCUGAAGAGGAGCCGGUCAUUACCCAUGGAUUCACCAUGACAACGGAAAUAUCCUUUAAGGAAGUUAUAGAAGCUAUUGCUGAAUGUGCAUUUAAGACAUCUCCUUUCCCUAUACUCCUAUCUUUUGAGAAUCAUGUGGAUUCCCCUAAACAGCAGGCAAAAAUGGCAGAAUAUUGCAGAUUAAUAUUUGGAGAUGGCUUGCUGAUGGAACCACUAGAAAAAUACCCACUCGAACGUGGAAUCCCACUUCCUAGCCCAGCGGACCUGAUGUACAAAAUUCUGGUGAAGAACAAAAAGAAGUCCCAGAAGUCUGCAGAUGGGAGCGCGAAGAAGAAGCUUUCAGAACAAGCUUCAAAUGCGUGCAGUGACGCAUCCAGUGGCUUUGAACCCUCCUCCCCGGGAGCAGGUGAAGCAGAGAUAGAGAGUGACGAGGAUGAUGACUAUGAUGAUGACUGCAAAAAAUCAUCAAUGGAUGAAGGAACUGCUGGAAGUGAGGCCAUGGCUACUGAGGAAAUGUCAAACUUAGUCAAUUAUAUACAGCCUGUAAAAUUUGAGUCAUUUGAGACAUCUAACAAACGGAACAAGAGUUUUGAAAUGUCUUCCUUUGUGGAAACCAAAGCGCUUGAACAGCUCACAAAAUCUCCUGUCGAGUUUGUGGAAUAUAAUAAAAUGCAGCUGAGCCGAAUUUACCCCAAAGGGACACGUGUUGAUUCCUCAAAUUACAUGCCUCAGCUGUUCUGGAAUGCAGGCUGUCAAAUGGUUGCUCUGAACUUCCAAACUGUAGAUUUGUCUAUGCAAAUAAAUAUGGGGAUGUAUGAGUAUAAUGGCAAAAGUGGAUACAGACUAAAGCCAGAGUUUAUGAGAAGACCAGACAAGCAUUUUGAUCCAUUUACGGAAAGUAUUGUAGACGGAAUAGUCGCAAACACUUUGUCUGUAAAGGUCAUUUCUGGGCAGUUACUUUCUGACAAAAAAGUUGGAACUUACGUCGAAGUAGAUAUGUUUGGUCUACCUGUGGAUACGAGAAGAAAAGCUCUCAAGACAAAGACAUCUCAAGGCAAUGCUGUGAAUCCUGUAUGGGAAGAAGAAGCCAUAGUGUUUAAGAAGGUCGUCCUGCCUUCUCUAGCGUGUUUGAGGAUAGCUGCUUAUGAAGAAGGAGGAAAGUUUAUCGGGCAUCGGAUAUUACCAGUAUCAGCAAUUCGACCAGGUUAUCAUUAUAUUUGCCUGAGGAAUGAAAGGAAUCAGCCCUUGAUGUUGCCAGCCAUAUUUGUAUACAUUGAGGUUAAAGAUUACGUACCAGAUACCUACGCAGAUGUUAUUGAGGCAUUAUCCAAUCCAAUCAGAUACGUAAACCUGAUGGAGCAGAGAGCAAAACAACUGGCAGCACUGACUCUAGAAGAUGAGGAAGAAAUAAAGAAGGAGGCAGAACAAGGAGAUGUACCUUCAGAAGCUCACAAUGAACCUAAACCUACACCAGCAGAAAAUGGAGUACAUUGCACUACAUCUCUCACCCCUAAACCUUCUACUCAGGUUGUUCCAAGCCAACCAACACUGGGUUCUGUGAAAGUUCCAGCCAAAACAGAAGAUCUGAUUCAGAGUGUCCUGACAGAAGUUGAAGCACAAACCAUUGAGGAACUAAAGCAACAGAAGGCAUUUGUGAAACUUCAGAAGAAGCACUACAAAGAAAUGAAGGAUCUUGUGAAGAGACAUCACAAAAAAACAACAGAUCUUAUAAAAGAGCAUACCUCAAAAUAUAAUGAAAUUCAAAAUGAUUAUCUGCGACGGAGGGCAGUGUUGGAGAAAACAGCUAAGAGAGACAGUAAGAAAAAAAGUGAAACUGGCAGCCCAGAUCAUAGCCCUUCAACUGUUGAACAAGAGUUGGCUGCCCUUGAUUCAGAAAUGACACAGAAGUUAAUAGAGCUCAAAGAAAAACAGCAGCAGCAGCUGCUGAACCUGCGACAAGAACAGUACUACAGUGAAAAGUACCAGAAACAAGCACAUAUUAAAUUG